CGUUUCCGUGUGUUCUGUCUGUUCCAGAGCGUGAGCGUGACAUUCUCUAGCGUACGGUACGAUUGUUKCCCUACGAGUACGAGUACGGUUCUACUGCUUGAAAGUGACCAGAGCACCCCAACACUUUCGGGGUCCGCAAAGUCCCAGAGACAACGGUUCAAGCCGCCGAUAGUUCGACGAGGAGCACAGGAGAGCAGUUUGUGCUGCUGUAUCUCGCCGUUCCACGCUAGUACAACACCCCUGUACUGCCGUUGCAUAUUUGCAAGCACUGCCCCCGUUCUCGUCGGUUCUGUUCCAACACACCACACGACACGACACGACACGACACCACACCACAGCGCAGCUCCUGUCCACCCCCGCGAUCGCGAUGUCCUCCCGCCACUCUGCUCUGGCAUCGUCGCUGGUCGUCGCCGUGGCGUUGUCCUGCUCCGCGUAUUGGUGGAACGACCUGAUCCACAACGAGGCCAUCCAGGUCCUGGCACUGACGAUGGCUUCGAUCGUGGCGGUGGCGGUGGUGGCCAUCGUCCUGAUCUGCAUCCCGGAGUUUCUGAGCGGCAGCGAACGCGGAAAAAAGUCGCGUCGCAAGUCACGCCACCGGGUGCCCCACCGGGACCGGGAGCGCGGUCGUCCCCGGCACCGGCAGCACCACGGCAGCAACAGCAACAGCAACAGCAACAGCAGCCAGCGCCCGACGUCCAGUCGGUCCAGUCGGUCCAGCGAACGACUCAACCAAAACGAGUAUCCAUCCUCGUCGCCUUCGUCGACGUCCUCGCUGAACUCUUCCACCUCGUCUACCGCUACGAAUUCUUCGAGGCAAAAAUAUCCUUCGAUGCCACCGCUGCCGAUUCGAUCCAGGGCCAAAUCCAUCAGCAGCAGCAGCAGCAGCAGCAACAAAAACAAGAACAGCCCGGCCGCAAACAGCAGCAGCAACAACAGCAGCAACAACAACGCCGUCGACCGGGUCCCGGGAUCGAUGCACACGCAGCGACGCUCGCCCAGGCGCCAUUCCCUGCCGCCCUGCCUGCCGUCCCAGGCCUCGGUGUCGCUCUCCCAGUACUGCCUGAACCCCAUCGUGGAGCGCAAGCUGGAGGACCUGAUGGAUUUCGAUGACUACUGGUGGAGGGAGCUCGACAGCCGGACCCAGUACUACGCCCUCAUUCUGGGAUACACGGAAGGCACCUGGGACGAGGACCUGAGCCUGGACGAUCUGCCCUGCGAAGACUGGGAUUGGGACGAGAUGACCAACGAACAAAGGUCUGCGGCCAUACAUUUUGGAUAUUCCCAGGAUACCUGGGAAGACUGAUUAAGAGUUUCUUUCCUAGAAUCGAUGGUCGAUUCGAUUCGAUUCGAUUCGAUUCGAUUCGAUCCGUUCGGUGAGUGACAGAGUGAGCAAUUGAUCGGGCGAUCGAAUCACUUCGAUUGCCCUGCUCGCUCUCGGGUGAAAGGUUUUGCGCGGAUCCAAGAACAACAAAACAAACCCAGCACAAUCACGCCCCCAAGAUGACUCAUCGGGCAAUUGUGUGGGCGACAGAGUGGUUCGAUGCACUGCACGGCGUCGCACACUCCGUCUAGACGUGCUCUCUCUCUCUCUCUCUCUCUCGGGUUGCAACUAUUGGGCACUAUGUCUCUGUCGAAAAAGGUUGUCGAUCGAUCGAUCCGCUCUGUUGGACCAAAACGCGCAAAGAAUUUGGAUCCAUCGCACGGGGUUUCAGGUUUAAGAAUUCUUUCAUUCGAUCGAUUAUCUCCAACAACUUUUCGCGUGCAAGGCUCGAUGAGAAAAAAAAAGAGGAAGUCCGGUAUACAUUUCUGCGCAAUGGCGCUUCGUGUUGUUUGGCACGAUGCAGGAUGCACGCCGUUAUCCUUCCUUGUUGUAUGUGGAUAAUACGAGAAAUGUACCAGAUAUCGACCUCUUUGAACUAGAAUUGGCCAUCUACGAACGACGAGGUAAAAUGCGACAAAUUUAGCACUUCUGCUUUGAGCAGACACAUCUUAUGAUGAAUACAACUAAAAUAUAGUGCACUAC